AUGGAAAUGAAGGCGGAAGCCAGCAUGCCAGUGGGGCAGCUAAAGGAGAGAAACAGCAGUGGGGCCGGCCCGUCUGUGAUAAAUCCGCCAGCCACAGAUUUGGCUGCAUCAGAGACCCCAGUGUCGAUCUACUGUGUCCCCAUCACUAUGAAGGCUUCUUUCUCUAUCUGCAUCCUCAUUGCUCUCCUGGAUAGAGGGGCCUGUCUGCAGUGUGAGGUUUGCUCUGGACCAGGAGCCAGCUGCACGGGCGACCUUCAGACCUGCGCUGUUGGGGCAGACACUUGUAGCAUCUCUCUGAGUGAAUCCACAUUGGUGGGAAUGAAGCAACAGAUCAUUAUCAAGGGCUGUGCAACAUCCAGCCAUUGCACCGCUGGCCCCGUCACUAUGAACUUUGGGAACGGAGUGGCAAUAAGGUCGAGCAUCGCGUGUUGCAUGGGAGACGCCUGCCGAACAACCACAGUUACAGUGCCCCCAGCUGACCCCAAACCCAACGGCCAGCGCUGCCCAGCCUGCAUCUCUGUGUUGUAUGCUCAGUGCAAUGAAGAGACCAUACAGUGUACUGGGUCAGAUACCCAAUGUAUCGAGGUUGCCGGGACCGUAACAUUUGGUGGGACUUCCACAGUGACCACCAUGAAGGGCUGCGCUAGUGAGACAGCUUGUGCCCGCUUUAAAGGGAUUUCGGGGACCCUCGAAGGAGUCAGUGCAGCUCUAUCUGUGGUCAAAUGCAAAGCACCCGGCCCAGCUCCGGGACCAGUCGGGCUCCUCAUCCCAGCCCUCGCUGGGCUCCUGCUGCAGAAGCUCCUCAUCUGA